GCGGCACAAACAAAAAUACUGUUCUUGAAAACAUUUGCCAUUGCUGGAUUAUACGAGUUCUUCAAGGGCCAGUGGUUCCCAUAUCUUUAUGGAUCGUUAUGAGAAACAGCGGCUUGAGAGGAGUCAUACCUACUACUGCUUUUUAAACUAUCUGAUAUUUAAAAGGCUAUCAGCGUAGAUAAAAAAACAUGACAGUGAAAACAUGAAGGAGAAAGUGUUAGUAUGAUCGUCAGCACUAGAAUUGGCAGGGGUGAAAUGUCGACCUCAUCGCCGACUUCAAACAUCCUCCGCCAUCACCUCACCCAAUCACCCAUCGCCGUCAAGAUCAUCGUCGCGAUCAACCUGCAAAUUGUCAUGUUUUGAUUUCUUUUUGACAGAAAUGCACUGGAAAGCAACAGGAUCCAGCCAUUGAUACCGGCGGUUUAGCUGGUAGUGCUGCCCUUCCCGUGAGACAGUUCCUGGGGGGUGAGCGCUCCUCCAACGGCAAUUCUACAUAAAAUGGGCUCAAACCGCUUGAUUGGGAUGUUACCUCGAGGUCCAAUAAUCCGACGAUUGGCCAUCCUCACUCUCUCCCUUUGUCUCUUGUUCGCCGGAUUCCAGCGUACGCUCGGUCCAAAUUCACACCCUAUCCCAUUGUCACCAGCUCUGUCACCUCGCGGGAUCCCAAACUUCAAACGUAAAGUUCAAUCCUGGAAUAAACUUCGCGAGCUUCUGGAGUCAAACACACCAGGAGUCGAUGCGCCGAAGCGGCUAAAGAGGGUAGCCGAGGUUAUCUUCGAUCCCACUGCGGAUUAUGUUCGCCCGGACCUCCUAUACAUGCCCGAUGCAGACGUGGAACAGAUGCAGAAGGUCCACCAAAAGUUCGUUGGGAUAAUCAAGGCUGAUACCCUGGGGCUGCAUUUGGUUCAUGAGAGAGGCACUCGGGGGAUCGUUUCCGCUGCGACUAGCAAGUAUCUGCCCACCCUGCUGAUAUCGCUGCGCAUGCUCCGGCAAAGCGGCACCCGGUUCCCCGUGGAAGUUUUUGUUGCUUCGAAAGAUGAUUAUGAUGCCACUAUUUGUGAAGAUGUACUUCCAACGUUGAAUGCCAACUGUAUCGUAAUGUCCGAUAUCCUUGGAGCACACACCAACUAUAACCUGGAACGUUACUGGCUGAAGACAUUUGCAAUAUUGUUUUCAUCCUUCGAGCAAGUUCUCUGGCUAGACGCCGAUUGUUUCCCCUUGCACGACGCGAUCGAGCUCUUCCAGUCCACACCAUUUACAGAAAUCGGACUGGUAACAUGGCCAGACUUCUGGGUAUCCAGCGCAUCUCCAUAUUUCUACAACAUCACCUCCCAUCCAGAGGAAUCCUUAUCAGAACGAGCGUCCACCAACGGCCGACAACUCCUAAUAUCCAAGAAAACCCACGCAAAAACCCUCCUGCUCGCAAGCUACUACAAUUACUACGGCCCAACCCAUUACCACCGUCUCCUCACCCAGGGUGGGCCAGGCGAAGGCGACAAGGAAUCCUUCCUAGCCGCAGCCUCAAUCCUAAACCAGCCCUUCUACGCCGUCAGAGAACCCAUCCGCUCCAUCGGUCGCCGUGGUCCUGACGGCAAAAUGACCGGCUACGCUAUGGUCCAGUACAGUCCCACGGAGGACCGCAGGCUAACCAGCGGCGGGAUAGAUCGCGCAAGGGAUCCCAAUGCUGGAGAAGCCCCGCACCCGUUUUUCAUCCACGUUUCGCAACCGAAAAUCAACCCCGUUGACCUUUUCAUGCUUCGCAAGAAACGCUAUAGACUCGAGUCUCCCAUCCGUGGGCCGGAUGGGAAGCCGACGCGCGCAUGGGUUGAGGAAAAGGAGACGGUUGAUAGCAUUGGCGGUACGAAGGUGGAGCGUCAGUUCUGGGCGCAGGUGGUCUGGACGGCCUGUAACAUACAGAGGAUGGGGUUUAAGGGCUGGAAGGGUACAAGGGGUACGUGCCAGCGAGCGAAUGAGUAUUUUGAUGCGGUUUUCCCCCCGGAGGCAGGUUCUAAGGGUUGAAAUUUGGACUAUUCAUGCUUGUGUUUCCUUUUUGUCCAGAGCCUGUUUGGGUAAGGAUGGUCUUAAGGGUUGAUUUCCUUGCUUGAUGUACUACUGUACCUAACUCAUGUGCGUUUCCCUAUUUCAUCCUCUUGUGCAUUUGGUAGUUUGUGCUAUCUGGUCAUACGUAUCUCCACAGUUGAGGCCGACCAACUGGUGUUCGGGAUGGGUCCGUUUUUUCUGCAUCGCAACAAUUUGAUGCGUGUAUAAGUAAAGGUAAUGGUACGUUGUCCAUUACUUUUUUU